UGUGCCAAUGUUCCUGUAUUGUUGUCAUUUGUCUUUCUGCCCUACAUUUCGAAGUAUAGGACAGUUGCAUGUUUCGUCACCACCAGCUGUGUACAUUCAUAAAAUUAAGAUCCCAAUCCGAUUUAAACUGGACUUGCAAAACAUAUCGACCAAAGUGAUUCGCGUAAAACAGCCCAUGCCUCUGGAAAGCAUUGGAUUGCGUUAUACGACAUCGACUCAUUUCUAAGGAUUUAAACGGACUUCAAACGUCGUCAGUUGUUUAUUUUGUCUGUAAAGGGCGCUGAAAUGUCGACAGAGAAACAAAGUGCACCUGAGGAAAACCUUCAGGGUUCCUGGGUGGAGCUCCAUUUUAAUGGAGGCAGCAGCACUCCUAAAGGAAGUGCAGAGGAGCAAAGUGCCAGCACCGCCCCGAGCGGAGGAGACCUUGAGAAAAUGCUUUUAGAUGCUCAACAUGAGUCGGGCAGAAGCAGCUCCAGAGGAAGCUUACCAUGUGACAGUCCUCCAAGAUCCCAAACUCCUCUGCACUUGCGCAGGGGCUCAGAGGUCCACAGCUCUGGAGAAAAAAACAGCUCACAGUCAGAGGAAGACUAUCUGGAGAGGCGAAGAGAGGUGGAGACCCUGAUGAAGAAAAAUGCAGACUGGAUCUGGGACUGGUCGAGUCGCCCGGAAAACCUGCCGCCCAAGGAGUUUUUGCUGAGGCACCCGAAGCGUUCCAGCACUCUCAGCAUGAGGAACACCAGUGUGAUGAAGAAAGGAGGAAUCUUCUCCGCAGAGUUCCUCAAAGUAUUCCUGCCUUCUCUCGUCCUCUCGCACAUCCUUGCUGUGGGUCUCGGGGUGUACAUCGGAAGACGUUUCACCACCUCUGGCACCUUUUGAAGGCACAGGAGAAAUCCCAAAUCCACACAUCAACCAUCUCAGCUGCUUUAUCUCCAAUUAAUGCUUGCGUAGAUGCAGAAAGGACGUGGUCACAUGAUCCUAUUUCCUCUCUCUGCCUGUGGCCUCGUUUCCCCUCGUGUAUUCGACUGGCCUUUCCCAUAGUUCUUCUCCUGACUCGACAUAUAAUUCCCCCGUCCACUUGGGGAAUGCCAUGCUAGGCCUGAUUAGAUGAUAUGCCUUCUCAUAAUUUGAUAUCGUCCUGUAACUACAAAUAUUACAACAGGGUCAUAGGGAGAUAAGAAGAGAUGAAAGCGAGAAUGUAAGUUCAGAAAUGGUAAAAUGGAAAGACAAGUGGAUCACAAGAUGCUGGAUUCUGAGUGCUCAAGAGAUACUCGAUACCUAGACUGUGAAUUAGGGAGAGUUUGUACUUAUAUUUUAAUGAAUCUUGACUAAAGAAUCAAUGAUAUCUUGUUAAGUCUAUGUGACUUAAGGUUGUUUAUACAUUCAAUGUUUCAAACACCAAAAUACACCUUUGUUUUGGGAAUGGAGCAAAAUACAGUAUUAUUGUAUAAAUAUACUUGUAUAAAAAAUACUAACCAAAAAUGUAAUAACUAUAUCAGCAGAUGAAAUUAAUGAAAUUGCUUUAAAGGUACAAAAUAUUUGAAAAGAAAUUAAGAUGUGUACCUACCAAUGUUGUUUAAGUUUGCCAUUGUGUUGACCUGACUCAAGAAUGUCCUUGUCUGUCGUAUGUCUGAAAUGGUCACGGUUUCAGUCCAAAGAUUGCCUUACUGAAUCAGGCAGGGAGUAUAAGGGAAAAUCUGUGUAAUUUAUUGUAAUUCUGUAAAUGUAGUGCAUGUUUUGUUGUCUUUCAAAAAUCAAACUCAAUGUAGGCAAUGUAUCAGUUUCAUUGUGGUUUUGUAUCAAUAGAUGGACUCAACAGAAAUAAAUAUCUGCCAAUUGUAACAUA